UGUCAAUAUUGAGCCAAAAAAUAACGUGUCAUACAUAUUUACUUACCAGUUUCUUUGUGUCUUGAGGGAAAGUGAAAAUUACAGUGAUUGUGUUACUAUUGGAAUCAUAAAACCUUGGAUAAUACUUAAUAUUUGUUUUGGCGUUAAAAGUAUGAAUAUUAUGUGUAGACCAUAAAAAGUAUGGGGCGCUGCAGCUACAUAUUUUCAGUCCUUGCAAUAUACUGCCUGAAUUUCGGUGUGGGAUUAGGCUGCAAUAUAGAUGGCGUUUCUAAUAACAUUCUAGACAUAAGCAUCAAGGACAUAGACCGAGGGGAAAUCUUCAGGGCCGCUACCACCGGGAUUACAGAUAUAAGUUCCAUAGUGGAUAAUGUAGGUUUAAGUAAAACUUACUACAACUUCGCUCUAGAGGGUUCAGAUUUAGUUAUAACCACUACUGAGGACUUCAAAAAUUAUGAAGAAAUUGAGACCGAGUCCGCUAAUGGUUUUACUGCAAUCUUCGCCUGCCCGACUGCGACCCUUUCAGUGACUAUCCUUAUAAGUAUAACAGAUACGAACAACAAUGACCCAGCAUUUCUGCCAUCAAGUGAGAUCACUUACACUGUUACCCCCCCGCUGCCUCCAAACUACUUCAUCACUGGCUGCACUGGAUUCCAAGUGAGAGACAUCGACCUCACGACCAAAGGAAUAGACUUUGAAAUAGAACCGAACGAUUUUAUCGAAGUCGCAUACGAUAAAAAGACUACAGAUAAAAUAUUCCAGGGCACAUUGAGAACUAAAUCGUUUAUCCGCUCUUUACCCGAGCCUCUCAUUUUGUGGAUUAAAGCGACGGAUAUCGACGAAACUGGUGACCCACGACGGACCACGACAGGCACGUUGCGUCUAGAAGCCGACGGUCAGCUCGUGUUCCCAGACGAGCCAGUGUUCUCUAGAACAUUCUACACCGCCACGUACAGUGACGGCGCGGUACAACUGCAGGACACCGUCACACUGAGCCAGGGCUAUGAUGAUGAUGUGCGGUUCUCUAUAGCCGGCGAGUACUCUGAAUACUUCAGUCUGAAGGAAGAAGGGAACUCUGUGACAGUGGAGGCAAAGGAACUACCGAGCGCCAUCACAAUAUUGGGGCAAAUACUUCUGGAACUAAAAGCUGAAAGAAACCUCACCAGCGGAGCAUCUGCUACGCUUGUUUUGAUAUUCCCUGAAGAGCCUGCAUUGGAGUUUGCUGAAAAGAGCUACCAAGGACAGAUCAUCGACAACUCUUUAACUCUACCUGCCUUACUCCUUAGCCAAGGAUUCGAAAGUGGAUACAAUAUCAGCAUCGAAAAUGAUCACGCCGAGUACUUCACGCCAACUAAAAACAACAACCAAAUAACCAUCACGAUGAGUCCACUCAGCGAAGAUAUUAUAGCCGAAAAUAGCUUCCUGACUCUCCGAGUAGUAGCUUCGAAUGAAGCUAGCACUGCCGUUACUGUGGUCCUUUUAGAAAUAAUAAAGGACGACACAGAAACACCAGUAUUCGCCUCACAGAUCUACGAAGGAAGUUACGACACUAUUAAUGGACUUUCUGUACCGACUAUAGAGCUCAGCCAAGGAUAUGACUCUUCAGUGCAGUUUUAUAAAAGCGGCGAAUACGAAUCUCUGUUCACCAUGACACCGAGUGGCAACUCCAUCGUGUUGGCACUGACCUCGGCCCUCCCUGAAGACAUCUUGACGCAGCAACACCUGCUUCUGACCAUAGGAGCCUCCAAGCCCAGGACUGUCGGCGCCCACACCACUGUCUCCAUAACACUGCCAAGGGCCAGAGCACUAAGUUUCGAGGAAGCCGGCUACAGAGGAUCGCUAGAGGGCGACGUCUUAACUCUGCCGGCUAUACGGCUAACUACGGGUUUCGCCGACGACGUAAAGUUCACUCUAAAUGGAGAUUACGCAAGCUCGUUUACCAUCGAAAAUGAUGAAAAUGUGGUAUCCGUUAUUCUUUCAACACCAAUCGCCGAAAACGUUAUACAAAAUAACAAUUUCUUAGCUUUGACGCUAGAAGCUAAAGGCGUGAACACACUGACAGCGGUAGCUAGUAUAGUAGUAGACGUUAUAAAGGACGAUGCACAAACACCAGUGUUCGCUAAACACGUUUACUAUGGCACCUCGUUGGAUACAAAUGGGAUCACCCUCGAAGAUAUAUCACUUGUGCAAGGAUACGAUGAUACUGUGACUUUCAGUCUUAGUGGAGAUGACGCCCAAUACUUCAAUCUCACCGAGAGUGAAAAUAAAGUGAGACUAGAGCUGAUAUCGAAUAUACCCGAGGAUGUAGUAUUCGAGAAGAAAGUGCUCAUUUUCAAUAUUUUAGCUGCUAAGCCCCGCACGGUCGGUGCCAACGCUGCACUUUCUAUGUCAUUUCCUUCAGAGCUAACGGAUGCUACGGUUAUGAAAUUUUCCAAAAAUGCCUACGUUGGGACUUAUGAAAAUAACUUAAUUUCAUUAGAAAAGGCUGUGCUACAAGAUGGUUUCGCCGAAAAUACCACUUUUGAUCUUUCAGGGGAAUACGCCUCUAACUUUGAUUUGUCAGUUACCGGAAAUUCGGUCGCUUUGAAUGUUAAGGUUCCACUGCCGGCUGACUUAGCACAGAGUUUAGUAGUUCUGGAGCUAACCGCCGCAAGGGUUGGCGCAGUGGCCGCGACAGCGUCUCUCGUCAUUGAUAUCGUGGUAGAGGGUGCCUCCCUUCCAGUUUUUGAUAAAGCUUACUACGAGGGCAGCUAUAAUGAGGCAGAAUUCCUAUUUGAAGACUCAGUAUAUUUGAUUCAAGGAUUUGAUGAUACUGUGACGUUUAACUUGGAAGGCGAUCUAUCCGAGUGGUUCUCACUAUCCUCAGAAGGUAGCAAAGUAACAAUAUCUCUAAAAGGCCCGAUUCCCGAAGAGAUCUUACAGAACAAUAGUCAAUUGCUCUUUGUUGUCGUUGCUAAUAAACCAGGGACCGAUGGGGGUAGAGCUGUUAUAUCUGUCAGUCUUACCAAAGAAUGUUCAGGUGGGGUUUUGCGAUUCGCGCGGAGCCACUACGUGGGUCGCAUAGAGAGUGGGUCUGCUCAAAUAGAAGACUUCACUUUGCUCGGCGGCUGGCAGGAUGGCCUGGCUGUCUCGGUCUCUGGAGAAUACGGCGAAUAUUUUAAUGUGGAUCAAUCGGAUGAGAAAAUAACAUUGUCCCUCAAAGGAGAUUUGCCCACCGAAGCUUUCAGCGAAUAUUUCAUAAUUCUCGAAAUUCAAGUAUCAAGACCGGGUUACGGCAGCGGGUUCACUACAGCUAUUCUAGAAAUUACUAAAGACAGUACCGAAACUCCAAUAUUUGAAUACAAUUACUACACUGGGUCUUAUUCGAAAGAUAAACAGCUUGUUUUUGAACCUACUGUGCAGUUGAUACAAGGAUUUGAUGAUACUGUGGAAUUUGCUCUUGAAGACAACGCGGACGCGUCGUGGUUUGUACUGGAAGGCGCUGGCAACAGCUGGACGCUGGCACUGAAGAAUGACUCCAUAGAAGUGUCGGGCAGAAGCAACUUGGUCUUCUCUAUACUAGCCGCCAAGCCGGGAGCACCGCCGGCCAGCUCUGCUGUCGUCAUCACUCUUACAGAUGUUUCAAGCGCCCCGCUACGCUUCACGCAACAGUCCUACAGCGGCAGCUUGCAAAGCUCCGAAUUAACUCUAGAAGCAAUAAAGAUUGAAGAGGGUUAUACUGAGUCUUUACGCUUCUCUCUUAGUGGAGAAUAUUCCGAAUACUUCGAAGUGGCGAACAACAACAAUGAAAUCACGGUUCAGUUCAAAACAGGUGUUACAUCGGAAGUUUUACAAGAUACCAAUAUCAUAAUUAUGACCAUCCGGGCAGAGAGCGACACAGACGUUGCGUAUGCGACAAUAGUGAUAGAAAUAAGAAAAGAUACAAAUAACGUCACGGCACUGGUAUUCCAAGAAGCGUAUUACUCUGGCUCCUAUUCAGAAAUAGCCGGAUUAUCUUUUGAUCAGCAGAUAAGAUUGAUUGAUGAGUUCGACGAUGCAGUUCUGUUUGCUUUGGAAGGAGAACAAAAACAAUGGUUUGAAAUUCAAAUAAACAAGGACUACGUUACAUUAACUCUGAAAGAAACGUUACCAACAGAAGUUUUGACAAAUUAUAGACAUCUUUUGUUAUCAAUAGUAGCAACCAAGGAAAAUCACUUACAAGGAAAAGCAGCUGUUAUUAUUUCUCUGGAUGAUGAUCUAACAUCUCCUACGGUACUUAGAUUUGAACAAAAUUACUAUGAAGGUAAAUUCAGCAGUGACAAUGUUAUACUGGACUCAAUAAAACUGUCUUUGGGAUAUAGCGAUGAUUUAAAAUACACUUAUAAGAUUUCAGGAGAUCUGAAAGAGUAUUUCAAAGUAACCACUGAAGGAUCAGUAAGUAAAUUGGAGCUUGAUAAACAAAUACCAGAAGAAAAUCUUGACACGUUCAUAAUUUUAGAACUAGAAGUUUCAGCUGCGCAGAGCAUAUCCGCGUAUACCACUAUCAUCUUAAAAACUGAUGUAGAAGAGGAAAAUCUUACGCUUCUCGUUUUUGAAAAAUCUUACUAUGUUGGGUCAUAUACUGUUGCUGACAAAUUAAACUUCGAAAACAUAGUGACCUUGGCGCAGGGUUAUAAUGAAAACGUAGUUUUUUCACUUGAAGAAGGAUAUGAAAAAUGGUUUUUACUACAAAGCGAAGGAAAUACAGUGACGAUAACUCUUGUAAAUGAAAUACCAUCUGAAAUAUUAUUGAACAACCGCAAUCUUAUAUUUACAAUAUCUGCAAGCCUUGCUGGAGUCCAAACGGCAUCAACUAGUAUCAUCAUUUCCCUGGAAGAUGAUAUUCCACUAAAUGCUCUAGUCUUUGAAAAGGGUUAUUAUACUGCCACAUAUACUGACCAACAACCACUUCAGUUUGAAUCUGUAAUAAAGCUAAGUGAGGGGUAUGACGAAACUGUAUCAUUCAGCCUAGAAGGAGAUCUUGCAAGAUAUUUUACUGUUGAUAACACUGGAGCGGUAGUAACUCUAUCCGGAUCAAUACCUGAUGAUGCCAUACCAGACCAGUCUUUUAUAGUCCUUGAGCUUGUAGCCACUUCUAAAAACGCUAUCUCUGCUUCUGCUACCAUAAUUAUAACUUUGGCCACCGAAACUUCAGUAGUCACACCAGUAUUUACUGAAUCAUACUACGCAGCAAAGUUUAGCCCUGCAGGAGGCUUGAAAUUUGAAACAGAAAUAUCUUUACGGCAAGGAUACGAUGAAACAGUGACUUUUGCACUUAGUGAAGAGGGCUCGAGAUGGUUCCUGAUACGUGAGAGCGGGAAUUCCGUUACAAUAAUACCAACGGCUGAUUUCCUCGCUACAGAAUUAUCAGAAGAUAUUCUCUCAUUCUCUGUAAUUGCGAAUAAACCAGGAACAAAAUCAGCGGAGGCGGGAGUUAUUGUCUUACUACAAUAUGACACAACUUCAAAUGACGUGUCGUUUGAGAAGGCUCUUUACACGGGGGUCAUCUCUGGAGGGACGGUGCAGCAUGAAGAUAUUGUGGUCACAGGGUUUGAAGGAACGAUCGUGGAAGUACUUGGAGAAUAUGGAGCAUUAUUCGAAGCUCGUAUUUCGGCUGGAACUGUCACCGUGCAGGCGACAGACGUGUCCGGGCUGCCGACAGGCACCGGUCACGUCACCCUCGAACUGCAAGCGGGGGAGGCAAGAACUGUCUUGGUACUAGUUAUUGAAACAGAUAUCCCAGGCGACGUAUAUUUUGAGAAGUCAGUAUACACUGGAACCUUCAAGGAUGGCACAGUUGAACACGAAGCUAUGAAAGUAUCCGGCUACGAUGGAACCGUCAUCAACAUAAGUGGAGAGUACAGCGAGUUUUUCACCGCUCAAGCGACAUCGGGAGUAGUGGUGGUCCAGGCGGUGGGGUCAUUGACCUUGCCGGCCGGGGUCGCGCUCGUCACGCUGACACUGCAAGCCGACACCGCCGCGGCCGUGCUGGUGCUCACUGUGCAAUCAGAGCCUAAGGAAGUAUCAUUUGAGAAGAUUUUAUACACUGGGACAUACACAGAGGGAGACGUCAAGCAUGAAGAUAUUAAGGUUUCUGGUUAUGACGGAACGGUUGUAACUAUAACUGGAACGUACAGCGAGUUGUUCACCGCUCAAGCGACAUCGGGAGUAGUGGUGGUGCGGGCGGGGUCGUCGACCUUGCCGGCCGGGGUGGCGCUCGUCACACUGACACUGCAAGCCGACACCGCCGCGGCCGUGCUGGUGCUCACUGUGCAAUCAGAAAGCACUCCCACUGAAGUGUUCUUCAGCAAGACGCUUUACACUGGCUCUUACAAAGAUGGCGUUGUUGCUCAUGAAGAUAUCUUAGUGACUGGGUAUAAUGGAAACACUAUAAAAGUAAUUGGAGAACUGUCUUCGAUGUUCUCGGCUGCGGCAUCCGCUGGGGCGGUGGAAGUGCAGGCCACGGGGUCAUCGACCUUGCCCUCCGGAACCUCACACGUAGUUCUUGAGCUGGAGGCGGACUCCGCACGCGCGGUCUUGAUACUUGAAGUCAUUGAAACCGAGGCUGUCCCACCGGCUGUGUCAUUUUCGAGCGAGUCGUACGAGAUUCGCGCUGACGUCUCGCAAACGGGCCUCGUUGGCCGGGUGCAGGCGACUGCCGAUAAUAAUGAGAGGGUUACUUACGCUGUGGUAACGGACAAUGAGUAUCUUCAAGCGAGAGUGUCAGUGAGCGCGGAUGGCGAACUUCAGCUGUUUGCUCCGGUCAAUAGCGGCGUGUACAGUUUCAGUGUUUCAGCCACUACAGUGACGAGUCAAGUUACAGCCACUGCCCCUGUCCGGCUGACGGUGGAGGCGGUGACCGUGUGCGAUGACGACCUCGUGGUUCCUCCACUGAUAGUCUUGGAAAGAGACGAGGAGGAGCCUCAUGCAGAUUUGGUCAUCAUCGACGGAGCAGAGUUCCAAGGAUGCCGGUACACACUCACAAACCGCUGGCCGUUGAAUCAAAGCUGGUUGUAUGUGGACGACAGGGGCCUGCAUGCCCGAGCGAUCGACAGGGAAGAUGAAUCGAUCGCCUUUAUGGCUCUAUCCCAAGUUCAAGUGGAAUUAGUCCUUUACUGCGACAACGACACCAAUCAAUCCUCACGAUCCAAGCGUUCCCUGAAUCGCGUCGACUGGCUCGGACCGUAUGAUUACGGCAACAACAAGUGGACCCUCACGGAAUCGAUCGGCUUCAAUUCCCGGAGAAGCUUUGUUAACCUCAUCGUGAACGACAUCAACGACAAUGAUCCAAUCUUCGUGGAGAAGGCGAACGAGCCGAUCGCGGUCGGGUACCCCGUGCCCGACCUGCUAGACGUGAUCCUGCCGCGCGCACUCACCCAGUUAACUGCGACAGACGCGGACAUCGGUGAGAAUGCUGCCCUCCUCUACUGGAGCCCGUCGGAGCAGCUGGCGGUGGCUCCUGGCUCGGGGCUGGUGCACGUGAACCGACGCGCCCUGCCCGACGGCAUCACGCUAGCGGUGCAUGCCACUGACAGGAACGGACAGGGGAAUACCGGCACUAUACAACUCGUGGUGCGGCUUUUGACUGAAGACCACAUUGCUGUAGUCACAGUGCGUGAUUCAUUCCUGGAAGAUGAGGAAAGCAUUCUGAAGGAACUAAACGAUGCUCUGGGAUAUGAAGUGAAAGUCCUAAAUGCCGUGGUCAUAUCUGAUGAGUAUGAGGUAGAGGGUGAUGCGUCAAAGAACGUGAGGAGCAGAGCAGAGGUGGCUCCAGGAACAUCACUACAACUGUAUCUCUAUGGCCUGGAACAAAGACAACCGGUUGAAGUUGAACGACUCACAAGCGAUAUAAGCAGCAACUUUAUAGCGUCUGUGGUUGUGGACAGUGUAUCUCUGCGAGAUUAUCUGGAGAGCCGCGAGAUAUGCUCGGUGGUCUCCGGACGUGACAUAGGCCUGCUCGCCGCCACUAUAGUCCUGAGCAUCCUUCUCAUCAUACUAAUAGCAUCCAUAGCCUUAUGGUUCUUCCUCAAAUGGAGGAAAAAUAAGAACUAUGACAACUUCAGUGAUGAAAAUAGUCUGCCAUCUCGUGAUGAUGGCGAUGAUGUCCCCAAAAUAGAAACGAGACCGAGGAUCGACAUCGAGGAGCUGAAACGAAGUGAAAGGAGAUUACAGGAAAGACUAGAAGCCCCCAUCAGCACCACUGUUUCGGAAACAUCUAAGAAGAAUCCACUGGAUACAAAAAUAGAUGUUCCCCUCCCCGAGGUCAAUGUUCCCAUAGUUAUUCAAUCCAUAGAUAAACUCAAACGUGCUGAUGAUGACGAUGAAGACGAAUUCGGUGAAAUCAACGAUAAAGGGCGAAGGAAGUCUAUGGUGACAUUUAACGAAAAUGUAGAGAAAAUUAUACAUGUAGAAGACAUAGACUCUCCAGAGUACGAAAAUGCUAGGCUGUAGGUAGAUGUCGAUAUUUGUAAUGAAAGCAGAAUGUAAAUAAAACGCCAAUAUCCAUUUUGAAGUCAAUACUUUAUAAAUACAUCAUGCUUACUUAUCUUGUCUUGCUAAGUAGGUAAACCUGAUACGUUUAAAUUAAAACGAAAAGAAAGUCGAACGACAAACAAAACCUAAAACCUUUUUCCUUAUUGAGUCCUGUUUGUUUUGUAUAAAUAAAAUCGAGUUCGGUACUCGGUGGUGAUGACCUCUUUACGACUCGCGAUAUUAAUCAGACAGGUGAGUUUAUUGCACAGAAAUGGCCAAAUCGGGCUUCCAAGUGCCUCCGUAUUUACUGCAAAUACAUUUAAAGAUUACGCCUUUCAAAUAAACGUUUAAAUCAGCACAUUAA